CCCUCCGCCCGAGGGUUUCCGCCGCCGCGCCGAGAUGUCCGGCCUGAACCCGCCGCCGUUCGACGGCCUCGCGUCGGGGCCCGACCCGUGGGACAUCGUCGUCAAGGUCAAAUAUGGUGACACACUUAAGAGGUUCAAUGGUUAUGUCAAUGGAACACACUUCACUCUGAAUCUAUCUGCUCUUCGGUCUAAAAUUGCAAGUGCUUUUAAGUUUGGCCCUGAUGCUGACUUCAUUCUCACUUAUACUGAUGAUGACGGGGAUGUUGUCAUGUUGGAUGAUGACGAGGACUUGCACGAUGCGGCCAUCCACCAGAAACUGAACCCUCUGAGGAUUAGUGUUCAGUUAAAGAACAGCCACACCGCUGCAUCUCAGACCGACCGGCAAGAUCCAAACCCUGCACCGAUUAGGGCCAACACUCAGGAUCCAUUAGCCCAGAUAAAAUCUGUUAUUGAUGAAGCUUUAAAGCCUAUAUCAGAACCUCUGAGCUCCACUGGAAGGGAACAUCCCCUAGGUCAUUUAAAAUUAGCUCUUGAGGAAUCUAUGAAGGCUAUCCAUGAGCCAAUUCCUGAAUCCCUUGCAAAGCUGUCACGUGAAGCACUUGAUGCAGCACCACCACAGUUAGCUGAGCUGAUAAAACCUUUCAUGAACUUGAUUGCAUCAACAAACAGUACCCUAGCUACUGGGCGUGCUCAUAGUCCAUCUGGCUCCUCCAGUGGUGUGCAGCAAGAACAGGUGGAUCUCAAAGCUAAUGACCAGCCCAAAGUUGAUGCAAUGUCACGACCCUUGAAUUCACGGGCCCCUGGAUCAUCUGAGUCAGGAGGCCUUAAGAGUGUGUUACUUGAUGCUCCUGUUGAAGUCAUUCCUGAACCUUCUCAAGACCAACGGGAAUCAUUAUAUCCUUCCUUGGAUAAGCUGCUGUUCACGAGUAAUUCAGGUGUUAACACGUCUGGUUGCAAGGGAGUGAGUGAUGCUCACAGUAAGGGAAAAUCUGUUAUGCCAUCCGCUGCACCUCUCGCCCCUCCCACUGUUCCUAGCUUCCGUCCAAGUCCACCUCUCAGUGCGUGUGGAAAUAAAUGGUCCGAGUCACGAAGAUGGGCUGAUGAAUGGUCCCAGCCUAGAUCCUUUUGGCAGCCUGAAGCUAAUGCUAAACCAUCCAGCGAUCCUAGAUGGCGUAUUCCAAUGCAUAAAGUCCCCCACCCCCCACCAGCUGUCCAUGUACCCCUGGGAAAUUGUCCACGAUUUCCUUACCCUAGUCGCCUUCUAUCUGCUGGGCGUCAGUAUGGAGAUCUUGGUAACAACAGUGAUAGCCUGUCACGACCUUCACACAGAUGGAUUCAGUGUGAUGGUUGUGGAGUUCAACCAAUUGUUGGGCCACGCUACAAGUCUAACGUGAAAGAAGAUUAUGACCUGUGUGAUACCUGCUUCCGUCGUAUGGGCAGUGAGAUCGAGUACACCAGGAUAGACAAGCCAAUCUUGCCACACAAGUUAUCUCGGGACCCCAACUUGUGCCGGAAGAUCCAUUCCCAUUCACGUGCGUCGAUGAAGUCAAAGCGUGAGAAACUUGAAAGCCGCUUCAUCUUGGAUGUAACUGUACUCGAUGGGACUCUUAUGCCACCUUCGAGCCCAUUUACUAAGAUUUGGCGCAUGAACAACAAUGGGUCUAUCAUGUGGCCCUUGGGCACACAGCUCAUUUGGGUUGGUGGAGAUCAAUUUGCACUGCAGACCUCUGUCCCACUAGAGAUUCCAUUGAAUGGAUUUCCGGUGGAUCAGGAGAUGGAUGUUGCUGUUGAUUUUGUGGCACCUGCUAGGCCUGGGAGGUAUAUAUCUUACUGGAGACUGGCUUCACCUUCUGGUCAAAAAUUUGGUCAGCGAGUUUGGGUUCAUAUCCAGGUGGAAGAUCCAUCUUUUGUCAGUGAUAACAGGACUGCUGCUAUAGACCUGAAUCUGCCCCAGGAAAGCAACCUCGGAGACGCUACUAAUUUGAUUGAUGUCAACAUCGAGCCUGUCAACAUCGAGCCUGUCGUCUUGCGUGAAGGUGUCAAAAGCGCUGAAGUAGAACUACUGCAGCCCUUAAUAUACAACGAAGCCACUGAGCCCAAGGAAUCUGCAUCUGCAGCAAUGCGUCUGUACCCCCUCGUGGAUGUUCCCUCAUCCAGUUCAGGUGCUGCUACUUCUGUGCCAAGUUUUCAUGUGCUUGCACCAGAAUUCACUCCAAGGACUGUGACCGCACCAGCUGAUGUGCCAACAAGUUCGCUUACAAGUAUCCCUGUGGACGUGCCUGUACCUGCAACCACACCUGUGGAUGCGGUGACGGCUGAGACUGUUGACAUCGACAGUCUUAGGGAAGAGAAACUGCUGCAGGAGCUUGAGGAGAUGGGCUUCAAGCAGGUUGAUCUGAACAAGGAGAUACUGAGGCAGAACAAGUACAACCUUGAGCAGUCCGUGGAUGAUCUGUGUGGCGUCAAUGAAUGGGACCCUCUGCUGGCCGAACUGAACGAGAUGGGAUUUGAGGACAGGGAGACUAACAAGGAGCUGCUGGAGAAGAACGGAGGAAGCAUCAAGCGGGCUGUGAUGGACCUCAUCGCCAGGGAGAAGAAGGACAAGUGAAGAUCGUGCACAUAAUUAUCUAUUUCUAAUUAUGCAAUGCUUAAAUAACGAGAUGGGUGGUACCUGCUGUGGUGCUGCUCCAGUAUUUCUCGCAGUUUGCUUGUGAACUUUGGUGAACCGUGUUGUUGGUGUGAGUCCUGUGUGCGGUGUGAACUCCGUUAAGUUCAUUAUGUGCGCGUGCGCGCCUCUGAAAAGCAGCGACCUUAGUGGGUUAGCUGUGUGGUUUACUGUAAUGGGUAUAGUUGCUCUGUUUACUAUCGUGACUGUAAUAUGAUAUCUGGAUCUA